AUGUCAAGAGCUUUGGGACACGCGCGACAUGCACGGCACAAAAACUCUCUUUAUCCUCGGAUAUUUCAGUCUGAGAGCAAGCGGUUGAUAGAUACACGAUCACCAUCACAAGAUGCCCAAAAGGCCUCAAUGGAAAGUUUGCCUCUUGCUUCUUCGAACUUAGAAACAACAGCUUUCAAUCGUAAAGCCACAGAAAGCCACUUCCAACCAUCAUGGGAUGGGCCAAUCAUAGAUUCAAGCAUAUACAGUACAACACACUACGACAAGUUUCGACGUUGGAAGCCUUCUGACCUGGCUUACUUCCUUAUGAUCACAUGUUUACACCUUAUCAAAAAUAUCAGUGUGGAGGCUGCCACGCUUUGCUUGCAUGUCAUAGGUGCAGUCUCCACCUUCAACACCGAUGAAAAGUCUUCGCAGGCCACUUUACCAAAGGCUAUGAGUACAUUUCUUGAUGGACUACGGAUUGAGCCAAAGAUUCGCAGAACAGUGUGCUGCCCCAAAUGCUUCAGUAUGUACUAUGGUGAUAAGAUUCCUACAUUUUGCACGUCUCAAGUUACUCCCAGGAGCCGUAACCAUGGCACGAGGGCUUUUGGAAUGAAGUCCGACCCACAAUCUGCCGAGGAUCCAAGGAACGGGGGUGCUAGCGAUGAUGAAGACUCGGAGACGGAGACUGUAGCAUCAGACGUGUAUAUGAAGGAUUGUUCUGUUGACGCAGCUUCAGAAAACCCAGACACGGAAUUAGGAUCAUCACCUCCCCCUCCAACUCCAGAGUAUCUAUCAGCAGAGAGCAAUGACAAAUUGUUGUUUGCAUUUGAAGAAAUGAACUUAGAAAGCGAUACUUGCUCUAUGACAUCACCCGAGGAUUAUCAAGCAAAGCAAGAGCAGACAGAAAGCUUUUUAGAAGAUGACGCAUUUGAUGAAGACCUCUCUGACUUGGAAGAUGCUUAUGAAGAUGAACUCGGUUGGAGAUUUUUUGAUGAUUCUCAGAACCUAGCUACAUUGCAAGAUAUCACAAGAAAUAUAAACCUUCCUUCCUGGGUUGGACGCGUGCCUAGCACUGUAGGGACACGCAAGGGCGGGAAAUUGAAGGCAGAUGAAUGGGUGAUUCUCUUCCAGGUCAUGAUGAUACCUGCGAUAAUUUCUGUCUUGCACAAAGAUCAGGGUGCUACAGACUUCACGGAACACAACUUCGUCCGCAAUGCGCUCCAUCUUAUAAGUGUAUUGAACAUUGUUCGGAGGUUGGAACUGAAUGAGCGCGACAUUGGAUCCCUCCGAUACCAUCUGCGAAGCUAUCGAAAUGGGUAUUCCAAACUUUAUAGUUCACUUCCCGUCCUGCCUAAUCAUCACAUGGCGCUUCAUCUUCCUGAAUGUAUCCAACGGUUUGGGCCCGCGCCUUUCUGGAGUGCAUGGUUGUUUGAGAGACUUAAUGAUGUGCGCCGUCCAAUGGCAUAUCGGUGGGGCCGAAUCAAUGAGAUAUUUAUCACUAAUCCUGGGUCGCAAGGCAAUCCAAAGGCGCAGCUAUGGUUCGAAGUUCUCCGAUUCUCCGAUUUGAGAGCUUCUGAGAAAGCCAAGCAUGGUCUUGAUAAUUGGCCAAAUGCGAGAAUGACUGUUGUGUACACCUCCUCCAAAAAAAAGGAUCUGGUACGGGUAGAUGAGCUUGUUGCCCAAGGGGCAGCUUGGGAUACCCCAGAAGGAUGCUUCGGAAUUAAGCAGCCAACCACACUGAUUAUAAAUUUGAGCAAGUUUAAUUGCGAGCAAACUUCCUGA